CGGCGCUCUCCUCCUUCGCGCUCUCGGACACCUGGUCCACAGCCGGAAAUAGCACCGUCGCCUGCUCCGGAGCCACUCAAGCAGGUCUCGGUGACCGUGUCAGGUAGGGACGUCACGCGGUCACUCUCUGGGCGAUGGCCGAGGGCCCCGUCUUCCCUACGUUCCAAGCAGCGGGAGCCGCGACCAGAUGCGAGCUGUCGAUUCAGACGUUCCACACUCCCACCGACCCGAACGCGGACCCCUACCAGCUGCCUCCCCUGGUGGACAACAGCUACCGCCUGGUGGACAAGACGGAGGACGGAUCCAAGUAUGAUACGGCUGUGGACCUCGAGGAUCACACCGGCCUGAUCACCGGUGACAAGCUCACCACGGGCCUGACCCUGGAGCUUCCACAGAGCAUUGCCGACCUUGUGAAUGCAGAGCUCGGUGGCGGUAACGGCACGCGCCGUCGCCUGAGCGAGCAGGAGCACAGCCUGCGCCGCAUGGUGCUGGAGUACCACAACACGGAGCGGAGCCUCAAAGAGUUUGUGCAGCUGCAAAGCCUGAUCCGCGAUGUUGCGGACACACACGUGGAGCGCGGGCGGCGGCUGCAGGUCAACUUGAAAGACCUGAUUGGCGCAGUAUCGGGCGCCGGCGGCACCCAGUCGUUCGUGAACCUGACGCCGAAGGCUAAGAAGACCACCCGAACUGGCGCGGGUGGUGCCAAGGAUCUGAUGAUCGUGGGCGGCAAGCCACUCAACAUCACGUCCGUCACCUUUGUGUUCACGUCCUCUUGCCUCAAGCCGCCGCAGUACAUCAACACCGCCUGGGUGUCAAACAACUGGGACAAUGCCAAGGCCGCAUCGCCCACCGCCCCCACGCUGCAGCGCUACUACGAUGUGUGCUCCUACAACAAGCUGCGCUUUGAGAACAGCAUCAACAAGGUGUAUGGGCCCAUCGACUUCCCCUGCCAGGGCUCCUGGCCCACCAAGGGCAAGUACGACAUCACCAAGAGCUGCGCCGACCCCGAACUGUACGGCGCGUGGGAUGCCGCCAAGGACUACCUGAAGAAGGUGGACCCCGAUACGUUCAAAAUUUUGGAUGGCAUCCGCCGUAAGAUCUUCAUCCUGCCCUUCCGCCCUGUCUGCACCUUCGGCGGCCGCGCAAACGUGGGCUGCCCCGGUGGCGGCGACUGCCUGACCUGGAUGACGUACGCUGCUGAGAACCGCUUCAUCGAUAUGUCAACCGUUUUCCACGAGCUGGCACACAAUAUUGGUCUGUCGCACUCUGCCCGCAACGUGUGCGACGGCAAGGGCAGCUGCGAGGUGCAGGACUACGGCGACAAGACCUGCUUCAUGGGCUCCGGCUAUCCUGUGGAUCCCACGAAGCAGAUCCUGUGCUCCAGUGCGCCCCAGGGCUACAAGGCCGGCUGGAUUAGCCCCAUGGUCGACCCCUUCGCCGGCGCUGACCAAACCCCGACCACUGGCGAGUUCAAAUACAGCGACGUCCCUAUGGGCCAGAACUCUACAGUCCAGCUGCCCGCCAUGGGCGCCACUGACAAGAACUUCCUGCGUAUCAUCUUGGACCAGAAGGGCAUCACGCCAGUCAACGGCCGCAGGCGGGAGCGCGCCGUGUUCGUGUCGUACCGCUCCGUGCUGCCCAGCACGCACCCGAACUACCUGUACGAUAGCGGCCUGUCCCCUGACUUCAACCGCCGGAUUUUCAUCCACGAGUUCAACGAGACCGCAGACAACAACCCCACCGACGACAGCUACCCGCCGCUGAUUCGCAACGUUCUGGACAUCAUCCCCGCCACCGGCAAGCCCAACACCAUUGGCGACGGCUGGGGCGCUCUACCCAACAAGUGGGAGUACGCCGGCAGCCAGGGCCGUCUGGUGCUGCGCGUGUGGAGCAAGAGCCAGACAAACGCCACCAUCAGCCUGUGCUUUGCCACCGUCACGACCGAGACGGGCGAUGCGUGCUACAACCAAGUGGAUGACGACUGCGAUGGCCUCAUGGACGACGACGAUCCGGAUUGCGCCGGCGUUGAGCAGCCGCAAGACAAGAAUGAUCAGCCUCCACCGCCGGCGCCCAUCUUCAAGGCCCGCUCACCUCCUCCCUCCCCGCCCCCGCCCUCGCCUCCUCCCCCCAAGGGCAAGCGGGGCCGCCGGCAGGCGUAAGCGCCUGACGGGCGCAGUGCUGCUACACCUGAACAAA